CAGAAGGGGAUUUAUAAUGUUUUUGCGAUUGGGAUACUAACAUAGACACAGUGCUGACAAGGGCAUGUAAUCUUCGUCCAAGAGGGGUGACAGGCCCGGUUUAAAAUUGAUUCAGUUGAAUUAGAGGUUUUGCACCCAGGGAUGCACACCAGGCCGACUCGAAGACGCCCCGCGACCAUCUGCGAGGUCACUUCAGACGUAAAUCUCGGGCCCAGACGACAAUUGCGCUGAUUAAUGUUGAUAGGCUAUUUAACUAUCUAUAUGUUGUGACUUUAUGUUCUUUUAGCCAAUCAGGAGUGAAAUAAUGGAAUGUACUCCUUGCAAAUGGUAUAAUUGAUGUAAGAUUUUGUGUAAGGUACGAGUUGGCUUUCGAUCUCCUCGUGAGGCUUUGCCCCUGGCUCUACCAAUUUCACUGCAAACUAUUCUUCAGUAAAUUUUGGAUUCUUUAAUUGUACUUCUCGACUCCUGGUCUUCUUUCUCCAUAUCUGGUCCGGGUCAAAACUGUUAUACCCCUAACAGUUUGGUGGAGAAUGCGGGCAAUCACUCCAUGGUGACAUCUCUGGCAAAUCAGCAAACAAGGUAGGAAGCUUUUAUUAAUUGUUAGGGCUGUCUGACUGGAAGAGAUUUUGAAGGGGAGCGGGAGAGCUUCACUCCGACGAGGCGUGUGAAGAGUAAUUUAAUUAUACUAUUGAAAGUUUAAGAAGUCGCUGAGAGAGCUGUUUAAGGGGCAACAGCAAACAGCGCAAGUGAAACGUGCUCUGUGAGGGGGCCCAGGUGGGCAUGGGUGUAGCACCACCCCGGCAGAGUACGUCCCUGGACGGGAGGUCCAGUGGCACCGUAAACCUGCUCAGUCUCUUCCAACUCAGAUAGGGGUACCCCGAGCUUAGUGAAUCAGGCAGUUAGGGAUUCAGAUAUUAGUUAUAAAAUAAAAUAAAAUAAAAUACAAUAGGGAUUGUUUUGCCAGGGAUGCAUCAGGAGCGGUCCCAAGUAAGUAAAUAAAUUGUGACCCUAAUUGGUAUGGAUCAGUAUAUGUGACCAGGAUGUUUGUGAAGAAUACUUUGUGGUGAAAUUGGUAGAAAUCCAGUAUUGUUGCUGCUAUAGUUAAUUUAUCCACGUAAAAUAUUUGCUGCUAAAAUCUUUUCGGUAGUGAUUUUCAACUGUGACCAAGAAAAAUGUCUGAUAAAGGGAAUUUUCUGAGUAGUUCUGACCAAAACGAGCAGGGCACACGCUGUAAACAGCUCUGCUCUGACGAGCUCAAAUCAAAGAAAUGUGCACAACUCAUUAAGAAAAUGGUCAGUCAGGGGUUUGAUUCUGAUUGGAAAGUCAUGCAGCAGAUUGACUGGCUGCAGAACGAAAAAGACGCUGAUAGGGCCAAAUAUCUAUCCGUGUUUGCCUAUUCAUGGAUUUGUAAACUGGGUGGUAUACCGUUAAACCAUGAAAAGGCAAUUCCAAAUAUGAUGGACGGAUGGUCUAGUUUGAUUGCCCAGCGUGAUAGAGUGGCAAAAAUUAUUGGGCAGGAAGUCGGCUGUGAUCUGUGUAGUGUGAGUAAGGGUUUCGAGGCUGUUUUUGUGUUCACCAUCUUGUCCGGUACCUCUAAUGGCCAGAGAUUUAAUGUGUGAAUUAAAUUUGACCCUUACUUCCUUUGGAAGUAAAUAUGUUGUUCUAAAUUUGAACCGCAGUGGGCUUAUGAAUGGUGUGUGAAAAAUGAUGAUUGUGCAAAAAUUAUCUUGAAAUUGGCAAAGGAUCGAACAAUGUCAUUUAACACAGAAAAUAUGAUGCCUGACCAAUUGCAUUGCACGUCACAUGUUGUAAUUGAAUGUGAACUAUAAUCUGAGGAGGGAUGGUUUAAUGGGGCAGAAAAUGAGAGUGUGAAAUUUUAGAAGAUUUUCUGGGAAAAAGUGUGUGUGUGUGCUCUCAGCUUGCCUGACAGAAAACCAAAUGCAGUUCUAUUUUGAUAGCAGGGAACACUGAGACACUUUAUCAGUGAUCAAGGCCAAAGAGCGUUCAGUCUCAGUCACCAUUCACUUUCAUUGGAAAAAAAAAAAACACAAUGAAACUGAAUGUGGUCUGCUGUGAGCAGAUUUGGGCUCCUUUGUGAGAGAAUGCAUUAAAGCAACAGAUUGGGCUAAAUAAGUGCAGGCGUGAAACACAGCAAAAGUAUAGGAGCAUUUAUGUCAAAAAUGUGGUCUGAGGUGAUCAGUCUCUAGCAAUCUUCUUAACAUUUCAUUUUGUAUUCAGCUAGCCGAUGAUGAGUGUGAAGGAUGCCUUAUUUUGAUUGACACGGGCGCGACUGUAUCAAUUACAGAUCUCGAUUUUGAGAUCACUUCUGAAACUUUGUAUAUAGAAGGUUUAAAUGGCACAAAUGUAUAUCAUAAAUCUGUUCCUGUCCCUCUAACCAUUUCUAUCUCUGAAAAAGUAUAUUGGACUGAAUUUUGGGUAGGGGGAAAAUACUGUAGGGACUCUAAUCGGUGUUGACAUUCUGAAAGAACUCGAAGCUGAUGUUUUGCUUUCUCAAGAUAAGCUAGUGCUUGGCUGCAAUGAAACAAUUCGCUUAUCUCAGUGUGGCCCCCACCAUGAGCAGAGAUGUGCAGUGGCUGAACCUGCUAUUCUAGCUGAGACUCGCUCUGAGUGGAAGUUUAUAAUUUCCAAAUUUCCAGAUGUAUGGGCAAAAGAUAAAUAUGAUUGUGGUUUUGCACAGAUUCAGCCACUGAGCAUCCCAGGUCCUUUGCAUGAAGCCAGAAGACAAUAUCCUUUGAAAAAUGAGGGAGCUGACACUGUUGUAGAUGAACUAUGCAAACGGGGGAUUGUGAUUCCCUGUUCCUCUCCCACUAACUCUCCCAUGUGGCCUGUCAAAAAGCCGAAUGGGAGCUGGCGUUUGACUAUUGAUUACACUUCUCUGAAUGCAGUGUCUGAGAAAAUCUACCCGCAACUAUCCUACACGAGGUAGGAUCUGAACAUUGUCUUUUUACUGCUUUAGACAUUUCUAACGGUUUUUGGACUUGUCCCCUAGCCAAGGAGGACCAAGGCAGAUUUGCUUUCACCAGCAGGGGUCGCCAAUGGACAUGGAGUCGUUUGCCACAAGGUUUCUGCAACUCACCCACACUGUUUCAUCAGGUACUAGCAUCCUUCAUCGAUCCGGUAAGAAAACAAAUUGAAUAUGACGGAUCUGUUGUUCUACAAUAUGUGGAUGAUAUUUUAAUUGCUAGUCCAACCAAGUUCAAACAUUUGACUGCUGUACAGACUGUUUUGAAUGCCGUCCAAAACGGGGGAUUCAAAGUGAACUUGAAGAAAGCACAGCUAGCACUGCCUGAAGUGACUUAUUUGGGCAAAUUGUGGGUGUGCACGGCAGACGCAUCACUCCUGAACGAGUUAAAGCUAUCAUUGAACUUCCAAAACCAAACACGGUUACUGGUCUAAGGCAAGUAAUGGGUCUUUUGAAUUACUGCCGACAGUAUGUUUCUGAAUACACUGAACUUUCUAAACCACUCACAGAGGCGCUGAAAGGAGGAAAACCUGGAUCGGAGCUGAUCGACUGGACUGAGGAGAUGGAGGAGGCGUUUGUGAGUAUCAAAGAAACUCUUGCUUCCUCCCCAGCAUUACGUCAUGCCGAUGCCAGCAGGCCGUUCCAUCUAUGGACAUGGGUGGGAACUCGAUCCUAUUCAGCGGCCCUGGGUCAAAGGGUUCCAGGAAGAAACUCCUAUGGGAUGGUAGGAUAUUAUUCUGCUCCUAUUCCUGUUUCAAUGGCAGGACAGCAUCCGUGCCUGUUGAUAUGCGACUGUGCAGAGUGGGCUGUAAAGAUUACAGAGGACAUUGUGACUCAUCAGAAGGUGAUACUGCACACUAGACACCAGAUUCUAAAACUGUUAACAAACACUCGUUUAGGCUCUAUCUCUAAUCAAAGACGAGCUAAAUGGGAGGCCACUCUCUUGAGUAAAAAUGUGGAUAUAAAUAUUGACAUUGAAACUGCUAUCAACCCUGCCUCCUUGCUUCCAGAAGAAGGAACUGCACACAACUGUGCCCGACUGAUCAAGACGGACAGCCGGAACCCUCUUCAAUCUGAACCACUUUCUGCUGCCAUGAAGCUGUUCGUGGAUGGUUCCAGCUCUCAUGAACAGGGAAAACGCUUCACUGGCUGGGCUGUUGUAAAUGAACAUGGUGAAACUGUUGACUGUGGUUCUCUUUCAGGAGGAGGGGCUCAAGUGGCCGAGCUGGUCGCAUUGACACGAGCAUUGCAGUAUGGCCAGGGGAAACGAGUCAAUGUUUACACUGACAGCCGUUAUGCAUAUGGUGCUGUUCAUGACUUCGGCCCUGUGUGGAGACGCAGAGGAUUUCUAACCACUGCCGGUCUGCCGAUCUCUCAUCAACAGCAGGUAAAAGAACUUAUGAAUGCCUGUGAUCUUCCUGCAACAGGAGCAGUUAUCAAAGUCACUGGACAUGCAACGGACAAUUCUCCUGAGGCCGCAGGAAACCGAGCUGCUGACACAGCUGCCAGAGAGGCUGUAACACGGACUGAGACUUGCGUGAGUGUUAUGGCUCUUGCUCCUCAGGAGAGUGAGACCCCCAGAGACAUUUUUAAACUCUAUGAUGAGGAUGACCCUGAAGAGAUAGAACAAUGGACAAAAUUAGGAGCUCAGAAAAAUGCAGAAGGACUGUGGAAAUUUAAUGAGCGUUUUGUUUGUCCUGUUUCUGCUAGAACUGAACUAAUGUCUUUGUAUCAUGGUUUGGCACAUGCAGGUCCUGAAAAACUACAUGCAAUGAUUUCCAAAACCUGGUGGUGGCCCCGACUGAGGGCUUCUUGCAAUGAUUUUUGUAAGAGAUGUCUAGUAUGCCUUAAGGUUAAUUCUUCUUCUAAGCUGAAAAUUCCCUUAGGACAUGCCCCUCCACCUCAAGGGCCGUGGACACACCUCCAAAUUGAUUUCAUAGGUCCACUGCCCCCUAGUGGAGGUUUUACAUACAUUCUAAUGAUUGUUGAUCUGUUUUCCAGAUGGGUUGAGGCAUUUCCACUGAGAAACUUCACCGCAGAUGCAACCGCCAAGAUUAUGUUGAAUUAAGUUUUCCCAAGAUGGGGUUUGCCCUUACAAAUUGAUUCAGAUCAGGGUACACAUUUUACUGGGAAGGUAAUGAAAAAUGUCAUGAAGUUGAUGGGGGUGAGGCAACACUUUCACAUUCCAUUUAGGCCCCAAUCUAGCGGAUCUAUUGAACGCACUAAUCGUACGCUUAAAACUUCAUUGAGAAAGAGAUUGUUGGAGUGGGGGAAAGGGUGGCAUGCGGCUGUCCCAGCGAUUUUGUUAAGCAUGAGAGCCAGCCCUAACAAGACUACACAGCUCAGCCCUUUUGAGGUAAUGACAGGUCGCUACAUGCGGCUGCCCUGGGAUGCCCCUUGCAACAUGAGGGACCAUCCGGGCCUUUGAAAGACGCUUUACAAAAUUAUCUGAAAGCUUUGGAUGACAGUCUGCGAGACACACGGGUUAGUGUUAGCACACAACAAGCAGAUCGAGAUAAUGUUGAGCAAAAAGACAUGCCUGCUUUGCCUGAAAUAGGUGACAAUGUAAUGCUACAGCGGGAGAUAGUUUCCCCCUUAGGUCCGAAAUUUAAUCUGUUAUACCCCUAACAAUACGUAUGUUAUAAUGAUUCUUUAAGGUACAGUACAAUAAGCAUUUUAAAACAUUGAUCUUGUGUAAUAUAAUUGUAUAUAGUUAUCUGUUUCAUUGUAUUAUGAGAGUUACUUCCUGAUCAUGAUGGUGAAAAAUGCUUGAAACUUAAGGGCAUUUUAUAUAAAAUAUACUUUAUUUCACAAGAACAUGUGCAGCAUGCAUUUUUCUUUAUGUAAAAUAAAACAUGUCAAAAAACUAAAAAACAGAGAAAAUUCAGCAUAAUUUUAAAAGAAACAAUAAAAAUAUAUACAACAAAUGACCAAUUCACCCCUAGGCCCAUUUUAUCAUGACAAUCCUGUAUAAAUUAAACUUAAAAUGUAUCAAAUGAGGAAUUCACUCUCAGGCCCAUUUUAUCAUGACAAUCCUGUAUAAAUUAAACUUAAAAUGUAUCAAAUGAGGAAUUCACUCUCAGGCCCAUUUUGUCCUUACAUUCUUGCUAAAAUAACUCCAUGUCAUCCCUGAACACAAAAUGAAAUAGAAAGGGCUCUCUGGAAGCUUCUGACUGUUCCAGGAGAUUGUUGCGGGCCUUUUCCUUGUGGUCUUCAUUCAUUCGAAAUGUCUCUACAAGAGAUGAAAGCACCACACAAUAAUCUCAACAUAAAAAAAAAACCUAAACUAUAAGGUAACAUUAACUCACAAACAAUGCAUAUAACAGAGGAACGUGGAACAAACACUUUAACACCUUCACAAGAUGUCUUCAAAACGUCACCGCAAGUCUCAUUUACAACACGAAAAAAUGUAUCGAACCAUCCGUAGAAUUUUUUUUUUAAUACAGUAACAUAUGACAACAUAUUCAAGCUUCAUUAAGAUGAUAAAGUUAUGCACAAAUUAAAUAUUUAGCAGAUAAACGCUGAACUUAAUAUAUGCGAUCAUUUUUCACAACGUGAUGUCAAAAACGUUACACAACUCACCAUGCUCUCCGCCAUGCUUGUCUCAUUGUCAAUAACUCUGCCCCUCACUUCAGGUUCUGGUGCUGGGGUUCUGAAACUGGUGGUGCUGCGGGUCUGCAGCUGGAUAUGUCUCUAUAAGAGGGGUUGUUUUUCAAAGUCUUUUGGAAGUGUCACAUCUAUUGUUGCCAGCUGGAGGCGCCAUGACCGUGACCCACCAUAGCCACAUUCAUGUCAUAAGCUUGAUUGAACAUAUGGAUGUCUAGCCAAUAUCAGCGAAGUGUUCUACUGGAGGUCAGGAGAGCGGAAGGGGAGAGAGUCCGCGCCAAACAUCCGGAUAAGAUUCCAAUAAUAGUGGAGAGAGCUGCAAGAUCCCGAGCUCCUGAACUUGACAAAAAGAAAUACCUUAUUCCUUCAGACCUCACUGGUGACAAUUCUUAUUCUGAGUAUCCCAUGUAUUGCUCCACAGAACACCAUGAGGAAGACUUGUUCCUGUACAUGACAUACAGUAAUGAGAGCGUUUAUGGUGCCUGAGACAGAGGAUAAAUUGAUUGGAGAGAGGGAGAGGGAAAGAUGAUUGCUAAAAAAAAGGAAGGAGAUAGUUUUAUAUUCUACGACAAUUAUUCCAUGUUCAGUACAUUGUACCUUACAUUGGGCAUUGUUCUUAAGUGGGGUCUUAAAGGGUGCUGUCUAUGUAUUUCAGUAUUUGAGGGCAACUAUAAUGUGUUUAACGUUUAAUAAAGUAUUGUGUGUAAAGGAUUAAAACUACAAAGGAAGAGAGAAACUGAAACGUCAGAAAGACAUUGAAGACACAGUGGUAGAGCAAGAAAGUAUCAAUUUCAUCUUUCUCUCCCAGGGACAUUUUUAUUUGUAUUUAAUGCAAAUAGGAUUUUGUUAUUAAUUUUAUUAUUUUGUAAAAUAUUAUCAAUAACAUUUGUGCAUAUAAUAAAAUCUUUAAAAUGUUUCAGCUUCACUUUUUGGUAAUUUCAUUAUAUGUCAUUUGCGCUGUAUAAAAAAGGCAUAAUGUUUGUUUUUAGUAAAUAUGAGGUUUGGAACAUUCUUGUCCAAUAUUUGUUCCAUUUAAUGCUACAAGAAGGAUUUUCUAUCCCUGUUUUAGAACAUAUUCACUUAAAAUUUAGCAGAUGGCUUUCUUCUGAAGUAGCUCACAUAUCCUGUUUCAAGUUGCCCAUGUGGGAUUGCACUUGUAACUGUUAUAGUAUAGUAUAUUUUUCAAUAUUCUAGUAUGUUUCUUAUAUAUCAAAAUACUUAUAUGAGUUUCCUGGCCUUUGUGUGACCCAGGAGAGAACAUAUGAGGUUACUAAAAGUGUUGAUGCUGCAGAGGCCACAAAGAGCACCCAGCUGUAACAACAUAAUGAGACUAAGGACCUUGAAGAUAGACUAAAGCCAAGUUUCUACCAGUAAAAAAUAUCAAAAGGCUCUGUGAGAUAAUGGUGGCAAAUAGUAUCCAUUGGUUACAAAAAUAUCAAAGGGGCACAGAAAUGAGGUAAUGCCAGAUAACAAACUGUAUAGAAGAGGAGGUUUUGGACUAAGACAGUCAGAACGGACAGCUGGCCGGUCUCAUGUUUGUUGGUGUUCAAUAAACUACAACUUUGGC